AUGGACGGUGGCGUUGAGUGCACCCUCAGCGAGUGUGCCGAUGACACUGAGCUGUGUGGUGCAGUUGACUUAAUUGGGGGAAGGGAGGCCAUCCAGAGGGACCUGGACAGGCUUGAGAACUGGGCCAGUGCAAACUGCGUGAGGUUCAACAAGCCAAAGUGCAAGGUCCUGCACCGGGGUCAGCUGAGAAGAUCACCAGGGGAAGUGUGUUUUCCAGGAGGUAAAAGUGAAGAGGCUGAUAGAGAUGACAUUGAUACUGCUCUCCGAGAAGCCAAGGAGGAAGUGGGACUCCCUCCAGAGAAGGUGGAAGUCAUCUGUAGGCUUGUGCCUGGGAUUGAUAAAAUGAACCACUUGGUGACACCAGUUGUAGGAUUUAUAGAGGACACGUUCCAGGCCACUCCUAAUCCAGAUGAAGUGAGUGAUGUUUUUGUGGUGCCACUGGAGUACUUUAUCAAGCCCUUACAUUACACAGCCUUGCCUUAUAAAACCUCCUCUGGUUACCUCACUUGGAUGCACUGUUUCACCUAUGAUGACCAGGAACAGAAAAGGUCAUACAGGAUAUGGGGACUUACUGCACACUUUGCUGUGUUUCUUGCUCUUGUAAUUUUUAGAAAGAAACCUACCUUUAAAGUGGAUUAUGAUCUUGACAACUUGAUUUCAUCCUCUGAGAAUAACUUCAUGAAUUUAUAUGCAUCUGUAGAUGAAAGAAAGAAGAGUAAUCUGUGACAAUCUUAGCUG